AUGCGCCAGUUUAUAGACUGUAUGGUUGAUUGUCGGCACUGGCUCGAGAGGAACCAUACAGUCAAUGGGAGGAACUCACACUCAAACAGCUUCCCAGAACCACCGGAGUUGGUCCUCUUGUAGAUUUUAGUCAUGAAGAAUCUCCAUUUAAAAGAUUUCUUCUGGAACUCAGAUCUGACCUGCACCAACGGCUAUGAUGCCAUAAUCCAGUAUCUGAACGAUGGCAAACGGACAUGCAAGGAGGUGGAGGAUUUCAUGAAAGCAAGGGCUUCGAUUGAAGAGAAGUACGCCAAAGACCUGCUGGGUUUGUCCAAGAAGGUGUGUGGACACAAUGAGAUGAACACUUUAAAGAGAUCCCUGGACAUCUUCAAACUACAGACGGAGCAGGUGAGUCUGUCACACUUACAACUUGCCCAAAACAUGAAAGAAGAAGCCAAGAAGCUGGAAGAAUUUAGGGAAAAGCAGAAGGAAGUGAGGAAAAAGGUUGAACAGUGCAUGGACGCUCUCCACAAGCAGAAAUCCUCACAGUUCAAAAGAACAAUGGAUUCAAAGAAGACGUAUGAGCAGAAGUGUCGAGACAAAGAAGAGGCUGAGCAGAAUGUUAACCGGAACACCAACACUAACAACACUAAGCACAUGGAGAAGCUUUACUCAAAGGCACAGCAGGCGAAACAGUAUGCAGAGGAAGCAGAUAAGACAUACCAACAGAAUGUGAGCACACUGGGAAAGCUAAGAGAAGAGUGGCUGAAGGAGCACGUCAAAGCCUGUGAGGUUUUUGAAAAACAGUCAAUUGAGCGCAUUAACGUUCUGAGAAACACGGUUUGGACCCAUCUCAACCAACUUUCCCAGCAAUGUGUCACCACCGAUGAGCUGUAUGAGGAAGUGAGGAAGUCCCUGGAACAGUGUGACAUCCAGGAAGAUAUUGAACACUUUAUAAACCUCAGGCGGACAGGAGACAAACCUCCAGCUACUGUCAUGUAUGAGAACUUCUACAACGGGCAGAAGUCUCCAACCGAAGCUCCAUCCUCCCGUCCGCCUUUCAUGCCUAUCAGGAGGGGGCCACUACCUGACCCAACUAAUAACAAUAGGGAUGGUGCACAGCUCUCUUUGGAUUCAGAUGCAUGUUACAGCGUGAUCCAGUACUAACUCUUUCAGCUUUGAAAAUGAAUAUCUCUUAUGACUCUUAACUUCCUCUUGUGUGGUUUUAUGUAAAAUGUUUAAGUAGUGUCAUAGACAUGCAUAGACUUAAAUUUAAAUAGGUUUUUCUGUUGUACAACAUUCAAAUAUCUGAGAUAAGAUUAGAGACCUUUUAAUAAAACUUAGUGCUGCAUUUUGAUAAAAUUACACUUUUGUAAUUCUAGUUGAAUACAAAUACCUCUUUUAUUUCCAUGUAUAGUAGCCAUCUUUAGCCAUAUUAUCAUUUAUUUUCCUUUGCAAGCUUUGUUCAGAAUCUGAAAGGCAUGACAUUUUUGUCCUUGUUUUCAUUUCCUAUAACAAGUGAAAAGCUGUCAUGUGACAGGAAAUGCUUUCAACCCCUCUUUCUUCUCACUGCCGUCCAGUCAAAGUCCUGUUCCUUGUUGUUCAGUCUUCACUUCAACAUUUCGACCUUGUUGUUUGUGCAAAUGAUCAAACCACUUUUUAAAGCUUUAGAUUACAACUUCUCCCACUUAAAGCCAUGUGUUAUGAUGAGCUCGUUGUUUUUCUGCUCUAUGAUUAAAAAUAAUUUAAAAAGUAGCAAACAUUGUAACCGCAAAAAUAAACAGAAGUUUUCAGA